AUGGCGUUUACGCCUUGCAAAAGGAUCCCACUCGCCUUUUUGAACGAUUGUCGCCGAUACUAUACGCCAUUGCCGCCGACUCCAUCUCCACAGGGAAUAACGUGCCGUGUGGAUGACCUUCUAGUUGAAAUGCGCAACGCGGCUAGUCCCACUGAACCCCAUGGCAUCCAACAGAAAAAGCCGGGAGCGAAUUAUGGAGACGCAAGACCUUCACCUACCUUGCCAUCCCCCGCUCGGUUACAUGUCGAGGAGCUCUUCCAAAGCCAAGAACAGGGUAUUAACGAACUUGAAAGCGGCCAGGGCGAGCUUGGUCCCUCGGAUGAUUUUGCGCAGGAAAAUUCGUCGUGGAACUCAGAAUUAUGGAUGCGGGGCGUGGAGUCGGCCGAGCGGGAGGCCGCAUUCUACCGCACGAUAGGCAAUGAGGCUUCCCCGCUCCUAGCAACCUAUGCGGUGUUAUCGAGGGAUGCGGGCGACAGCACCGUACCCGUUGAUCCCAAUUCGGCCUCUGUGCUCUCCCAAUCUGAGGCGUGGGAACUCGAUAGGAGGGUAGCAUCAAGUGCCCCUCCGCCGGAUCAUGCAUAUCUAGAUGAUGAAAUUGAAUUCAGCCCUGACGAAGCGUGUUUCCUCGAAUCGGAUGAUGAGGAGGGCAUUCUGGAGCAUACCUCCAACGUUUUUGAGAACGAAGGACACACCGGGGGAGACAAACGGGUGGAUUUAUUUGGUGAGGCAUCUGUAUUGCCCUCCGAGUCCUUGGAGUAUGCUGACGAUGAUACUGAAGGUUACAAGGGCGACAAUGAGAUCGAUCCAGACGAUCCAGAUGCUGAGGAGGGUCCGGAUGUUCUGGUAGAUAGUGGAGAGGAAAUCAUCAAACGCUUCUUUGAACAUCAGCAUUCAGCCCCCAACCCACCUUUACCAUCCGAUGAGAGACCUGAUGUGGGUACGGAAGGUUUAGAGAGUACGUUUGAAGAGGAUGCGAGUAUGUGUGGGGACGAUUUUCGUUUUUUUAAAGUGAAUCAAAAGGAUCUCGAAGCAGUGGCUUCUUCCUUUUCUUCGCAUCUCUGCCAACAGGACUCUGAGGGCACUACACUGUCAUCAGAGGCGUUUAACGACGUUGCGGCACAGCUGGCAGAAUUAAAGUCUAUGGGUGAGAGUCUGCCUUCACCGCUUCGAUAG